AUGUUCUAUUUGCCUAUUACGGAGAGGUUGAAGCGUCUUUACCAACAAGAGGCUACUGCAUCACAAAUUCGAUGGCACGCAGAACAUGACUCGCCAGAAGGAGAAAUGCACCACCCUUCUGAUGCAGCAGCGUGGAAGCAUUUUAACAAGGUAUAUCCUGAUUUCACUGCGGAAAGUCGAAAUGUUUAUCUAGGAUUAGAAACAAAUGGAUUUAAUCCAGUGGGUAUGAGCGGUGAAUCCCACUCGGUUUGGCCCGUCAUCGUAACCCCGUAUAACCUACCUCAUGGUAUGUGUAUGAAAAGAGAAUAUUUCUUUUUAUCAGUACUAGUUCCUUGGCCAAGGCAUCCAAAGAAGAGCAUUGAUAUCAAUCUGCAGCCGUUAAUUGAAGAACUAAAAAGUUUGUGGAGCGAUGGAGUUGAAGCAUAUGAUGUCUCGAAGAAGCAAACUUUUACGAUGCGAGCCGCACUAAUGCGGACAAUUAAUGACUUUCCCGCUUACGGCAUGAUGUUCGGAUGGAUGACUCAUAGCCGUUUAGCUUGUCCAUAUUGUCUUGAUGAUACAAAGUCUUUUUGGUUGCAACAUGGAAGGAAGCAUAGCUGGUUUGACAGCCAUAGAAUGUUCUUGCCUAGGGAGCAUCCUUACAGAAGAAAUGUCCAAGCUUUUCGAAAGGGGAAGACAGUAACUGAUGAUCCUCCACCAUGGUUGACGGGAGAAGAAAUUCUCCGCGAAAGAAUCAACAACAUCGAAGGACUGAAGAAAACUGUCGAUUGUGGAGGAAAUGGACACGAGAAACCUGCGAGCACUAUAAACGGCUACGGCAAAGACCACAAUUGGGUGAAGAAAAGUAUCUUUUUGGAGUUGCCGUAUUGGGAAAACCUUCUUCUUCGCCACAACUUGGACUUCAUGCACGUUGAGAAAAAUUUCUUUGAUUAUCUUAUCAACACGGUGCUUAAUGUUCCCGGGAAGACAAAAGAUAAUGCAAAGUCAAGGAUGAAUCUACCUGAUUUGUGCAGACGGUCUGAGUUACAUAUGAAGGAUGAUGGAACGAUGCCAGUCCCGAUAUUCCGGUUGUCGAAGGAGGAGAAAAAAAGAAUUUCUGCGAUGGGACUUCUCCCAUUUGCGUUUAAGGAAUUACUUCUCAAAAGUGUUCACAUUGCCAUUUCAGAGAUAGCACUCUUCUUUCGUGAUAUCUCUGCGAAUAUACUUAAACACGAAGAUGUUGCCAUUUUGAAAGAAAACAUUGCGGUGAAGCUUUGCAAUUUGGAGAAGAUUUUUCCACCGUCGUUCUUCGACGUUAUGGAACAUCUGGCUGUACAUUUAGCAGACGAAGCUGCUUUAGGUGGUCCAGUGCAAUAUAGAUGGAUGUAUCCUUUCGAGCGAUACAUGUACCAUCUGGAAAAAAAAGUUAAAAAUAAGGCACACAUUGGAGGUUCCAUCGUUGCACAAUAUGUGAAUGAGAAAAUAUCUACCGCUUCUGCUAACUUCUUUGGUAAUCCACAAGUGGUACCUGAGGUUCCACUUCCCGGAGAAGUUCGGUUUACAUAUCAAUAUCCAGAUGUGCCUAACUUGUUUUAUCACGAAGGUCGGGUUAGUGGAAAAUCUGAAGAGAAAUGGCUAACCGAUGAUGACUAUACCGUCCUCCAGACUUUUCUGAUGCUCAAUUGUGAUACAUUCAAAUCCUACGAAAGGAUGUUCGAGGAGUUUAUGAUGGAGAGAAACCCAUAUAUGUCUAGUAAUGACCUACAAAUACUGAAAGACCAACAAUUUGCCGAAUGA